AUGGAUGAUAUUUGCAUGUCAUCUGAUUUAGGAAAAGAUUCACAGGAAAUUAUUUUUAAUACCACAAAUGAUCUAGACGUACACAAUGAUUUUGAGUUUUAUGAUUCCGAAGAUUCUUUUAAUCAAACAACAGCACAACCAACUUCAGUCUUAAAUAUUACAUCUGCGCAUGAUUCUGUGUUGAAUAUAAAUGAAAAAUACGUUAGUCCAACAAUAAUGAAUAAGAAACCAAGUGAAAUUUCAGAAAUAAAUACUGACUUUGUUGCAGUCAUAGAACCAGUAUUUUAUGCCUCAACACCGAAUAAUUCUAUUUUAUCAGUGAACACAAAUAAUGUCCAUGACCUACAUAGGGCUGAAGUAUUGACUACAUCACAAGAGGCUUCUGCCAAUGUAAUAAAUACUCAACAUGAUUCUUCUCGGUUAAACGCCAGCGAAGAAGUUAAAUCUUUGGACAAAAUGGAUGACUAUUCCUUGAUAACUAAAAACGUAACAAGUAAUACUACUAAUUGUGUGGUAAAUACGACUUCUGACAGAAGAUUUGCGGAGCUAAAAAAUGAGAAUAGCGAUGAUGAUUGUAACACUAAAAGCCAAGUGUCCUUCGAUUCGGGAAAUGAAAGGUCGAGCCAUAAAUAUUUUAUCGAUUUGUCAAGUUUACCUGAUUCGUUGCCUCCUAAAAAAACAAGUGAGUUAGAUAAUGCGCAUGAAAAAAGUAAGAUUUUCAACAUAUUUGUCGAUUUAGGUGAUAAGGCACCAGUAAAGGAGAUGCCCAGUAGACUAUCAUCCGCACUGAACGUAAAAAGACAAAUCGAUAAAAGUCAACCAGCUCAAGAAAAACCUAAUAAAAAUUCAAAAAUAAUAAAUGCUGAAAAACGCCAGUCUGCAUUGACCGAAAAAACCACAUUGUGUAACAACUCUACACUAUCUGAGUUUGAAGUAAUAGAAGCUUUAUGUAACGACCCAAAUAUAAGUCUUACUGAAAUAAUUCAUACACCAAAAACAAAAAAGAAUAAAAAUGAGAAAACAAGUUUGUCUCAAGAACCAUUUCGAAACCACAGUGAGCAAAGCAAAUCUGCAAUAUGUCAAGAAGUUUUUCAAAAGGCCGAUUCUUACGUAAAAUUGUCCGACUUGGAUAAUCCAGUGUCACAAACAGAUUUAUCUGAACGUCUUGAGACAGCAAAUGACGCCCGAAUGACUAGAUCUAUUCCAGACAACAACUGGAGAAAACAAUAUCAGUCUACCUGUGUAUCGAUAGGUUUGCUAAGUUCUUUUCACUCUGAGAACGCAUUGAGCUUAAAUAGACUUUUUCCAAAUUUAAAGAAUGAUAUCAGUAGAAGUAUGCCCGGGUCAUUGUCAGCCAGGACGUCGCUAUUAAAGCCUGGUAUAGUUCCAAGUCCCGGAGAGACCGAUGAGCCGAAUAUGACGUCGGAUGUUUCUGAAAUUAGCAGUGUCCAAAGCAGUACAUGCCGCUCUAUUGUUGAAAGUACAACAGAAGAGUCAAGUCACGUAGCAAAUUUGAUUGUUAAUUGUCAGUCCCGUUUAGGGCAAGAUUUGCUUCGAAUGUUCAUAGAGGAAAUAGCGCCGGAUGUUAUAGUAGAGGUGGCUGGAAAACGUAUUAAAGCGCAUAAAUGUAUUUUAUCUUCCCGAUGUCAAUAUUUCGCUCGAAUGCUUAGUGGAGGCUGGGUCGAAAGUGCUGGAAAUGUCAUUACUUUAUCGUUAUUUUCCUUUGAGGCCGUUCAUUUUGUGCUGUGCCAUAUAUAUUCGGGAACGUCCGAUCUUCCUGACAGUAUACGCAUUGUUGAGUUAGCAGCCAUGGCGGAUAUGUUGGGACUAGAGGGACUCAAGGAAGCAAUUAUGGUCAAGCUUAAAGUCACUUAUUGUCAUAAUUUCCAUACGCCGUGCUCAAUUUGUAUUGUGGGUGUCGUCGAGUGCUUACCGCUAUCGGCUGUGUAUGGGUUGGACGAUCUGUACCGCAAAAUCUUAAGAUGGAUGACAAAACAUUUUGCAACCAUUUGGCCGACGAAACCAUUCGCUACAUUACCAAAGGAGCUCUUAGAAAAAUGUUACCAAGAGCAUGUUGUUAAUUUAUCAAUUGAUAAUUUUCUCGACACGGUGUAUGGAUGCGGAAGCAUAGUUGGUAUACUGGAAAAUACAAAAUGGGCUGAAAAAGUGGCUCAAAUGUGCCGACGGUUGGUUAACGCAGCCGCGCAUUUUGCUGCACCGAAACUAGUUCAAAUCCUCGAAUUAAUCGCCACCGUUCCAAACGACUCAGCUCCGUUAGCAAAGCAGGCUUUAAAGGACUGUUUAACAGCAGCUAUAGAAUGGGCUCCACCCGGCGAAACCUGCAAAGCAUACGCCUUUCUAUCAAACCUAGUUAAAAUAAUUCGGUCUAAGGCAGAUCUGAUUUUAAAUGUUAACGGGAAAGUCGCAGACCCUGAUAACCUAUUGUACACAAACGCCAAUAAUUGGCGUUUGCAGUGUGAGAAUACAUUGGUCAGAGCCGCACCGCGCGUCGUCAGCACUCAAGCAUUCAAAGAUUUACCAACGGAGUUAAGGAAGAGGCUGAGAGAACUUGGAUGUAUUGUGUACGGACAUCAAGCGAACCCUACAUUCUCACCCAUACCAGGAAGAUAUACCAAAAGCAUGUCUCAAACUAAACCUUGCGAAGAUAUAAUAAAAAGCCUUGAUAUGGAACACGUACGAAAGUCUUUCGUUCCCUACAAAGCAAAACCCUACGCAGUAACCACAGAGAAAGUUAAGUGUGAGCGAGAAAAGAAAAAACCGAUUUUAGUACGGACAACGCGGGCCCAAGAAAAACGCGCUAUAUACAAUAUGUCGAAGACGGGACCUGCGAAAUCGAAUUCACAAAAUCCAUCAGCGAAAACACCACGUUACCUUGACCCGAAUUCGUGUAAAGAUACAAAGAUGCCGCAAAAGAAUUUUAUUAAUAAAGUUAUGUCAUCUACCGAGAGCUCCCGUAACUCGAGUCCCGUGCUUAAAAGGAAUGAGAUAAAACAAGCUAAAGCAAUGUCCGAAGAUAGCCUUGCAACUACAUCGAGGCCGAGAACUGCCGAACCAUCGACGGAUUCACUUAGCGAGUCGCAAAGUAACAAGUACGGUACUUACACCAAAACAAAACACGCCCUCAAAGGAUCUAUCGAAUCAGUAACGACGCAACAUAGUAUAAGCUCCAAUAGAAACACAACAAAAAUACCUUUAUAUUCAUAUGCUGGAUCCAAAACUGAGAGCCAAUGUCGUCGUCAAAUUGCUCAAAAUGAACCAAAAACAUAUAAAACACAAUCCAGUAGGAUGUCAACAAAUAUACCUAAACCGAAGAUUUCAUUUCCUGGUUCCCUCAUGAUGGCUACUAAAGCCAGUUCAGCUAAAAUAGUGACGAAAGUUCUGAAGGAACCCGUCAAAACGAAGAAGGUGCCUAAAAAAGCAAAGGAUGUGGAAUCAAGGCCAAUAGGAAGAUCAGGCACGUUCUUAAAGGAUGAACCGACCUUCAGUGAAGAAUCAAAGUUAAUGAGUAAAUAA